ACCUGCCAAUCGAUUGUCAGAUAAACCCAAAGAAUGAGUAGCGUGGACAGCCAGACAACAGUUCCUCAUCGUCCUGACUACGUGGAUGCCAGGUCGGCCGAGUUGCGAGUCCGCACCGAGCGUGCGGGUGCCAUACUUCUACCGGCAAUAGAGAUCUCUAGGGAUGUCCUGGCUACGGCUAUGGCUCGUCAAGACCGCCUUAGGAAGAGGAUGCCUACUAUCGAUGGUUUCAGACCACUGCGAGAUCCCAGAAUCAUCUUCAGACACACGGAUGGAAACCCCACCAUAUCCAUCCGCUCCAGGGAAGCAUGCGAGCUGGCUGUGGAGCCCACCAUAUGGCAGAGUGAUUCUUGCUUGUCCUCCUCCACCACCUCAUUCGAACUCCCUGCCGCCGCCGCAUCGCAAAGCCACGAUGAGGUCAAAUGUACCCUCAAGAUGGGCACCAUUGAGUGCAACCUUCAUUACAUCCCAGCCUCUGAUGGGGUGGUGCUUGUCAACAUGGGUGAAGAGCCUCUGUCGGUGGUGGCUCUCCCUCCCAUGGAGAAUGGCAUCCAACAUCAGGUCCACCCCUGGGCCAUGAUGAUUAUCGACUCAGCUUGCUGGCGGAUCUCUGAUCCAACGAGCUCCGUCGAGCUACAGGUCCUGCCCCGCCCCUAUCAUCCCUCCGUUGUCGAAGACGAGAUUGAUGAGGAUGAGGAUGAGGAUGGACAGUCGGCGGAGCUUGCACUAGGAUCUAAAAAGAGAUCCACCGAUGAUGUGCAGCAAUCGUCCAAGAGGGUUAGGGGGCUCUCUGGAGCGUUCCCUUCCGGUUCACAGGCAGUGGGCACUGUGUUGGAACACCUACCUGCCCUGGCCCCCCACCACACCACACCGGGGCGCAUGCGGCCAAGCAACAGUCUCCAAUGGGAGGAGCAGCAGCAGCAGCAGCAGCAUCACCACAAUCACCACCAACCGGCAAUCCAGGAGAUUGUCAACAAAUUCACGGACAGACGAGAAAGCAGCCAUUCUGGGAGCGCUCAGCCCCUCUCCUUCCCUAACAAUGGUAAUGGCAGCGUUAGAAGUAGCUGCAGCGGCGGCAGCGGCACGCUCGGGUCUUCCAGCGUUGUGGCCUUCAAGAUGCCUAUUUUUCGCCCUAUAAGAUCGGCAUCAUCUAAAGACACAGCCAACUAUGGUAACGCCAUUGGGGCAUGGUCGGCUGGAUUCGCCGCACACCGAAACCUAGAGCACAACCACUUUGCUAGUAUUCGAGGAUCCGACGCCCACACGAUGGCUCUCCACCUUGCGUAUAAGCCACACAAGGACCUUGCCAAUGCCCGCUGGUGCGCCCAGGCUGGACAGGCCGGACAGAGAGAGCAGCGCGGAUACUUUCUUGGCAGUGUCAGGGAUGCCAUCUGCAUCUUAACCCAUAUCUCCAGCGCGGUCGCCUUCCUAGCCGAGCAGGGCAUCGCGCACAACGAUAUCAAGCCGGCCAACAUUCUCUAUACCGACAUCUCCUGGCCCGCUGUUGGGCCCUACCAGGCUGCAGAGGGCGGCGCCAUGCUGGUGGACUUUGGUCUCGCAGGUCACAGCGGCCUUGCCAACAGCGAGGGUUCGCCCUGGUAUAUCGCGCCAGAGUACUUGGAACAAGGUCGUCGCGGCACACCAUGCGACGUCUUCGCCCUCGGAGUCGUCAUGUUGUACCUGAUGCGGCGUUGCGUUCUGCCCGAGACCUGGUACCGCGUCCACAACGAGCACCGUGAGUGGCUCAUCAAGGAUGUCCACCAUGCCAGAGACUCCGCCAGCCGGGACGCCAUGACAAGCUGGCUCAGCGAGGUGGGCAGGAUGCGUGACAAGCUCGAGUUCUCGGACACCUUGUACACGAGCAGCGAAGAAGCUGAGUUGGGCUCGCUGGUACACAGUAUGCUUCUGCCCCUGGCUGACCGUAUCACCGUCGAAGAGCUGGCAGAGGCCACGAAGGACUGGGAUCUGGAACUGGACCUGGACAUGGAUCUCGAUCUGGACCUUGACUUGGGCAUGGAUCUGGGUCUGAAUGGUUGAUUUGCGUGCCUGCUGUUCUCUGUGUGCGGGAAUCUUCAUGUGAGAGAGACGUAAAUGAGGAGGGACCGAUUUUAUCCUUCAAAAGCCUUCGUUUGGCUUUUGGAAAAACAGUGUCCUCCUAUCCUUGCAUCGCCUUGCUUACUUAUUGCUGGAAAUGGUGUCACGAAUCAGGAUGAAAGCGUUGUCACGAUUUUCACAUUCUCUUGACUAUUCUCCUGGGGCCUACUAAAAUAGAUGAUUCAGAUCACCUCGAAAAAAAGACCGAGGGACGAAGAUCAGAAGAGAUAGGAGGGUACUGAGUACGACAACAGGGGGCAGAGGUUGAACUCAAGAUCAAGUUACUUGUUG